CAUUGGCUGGUUCUGUGUAUGACGCGUCAAUGCGGAAGUGAACCACUAUCGAAAAAUGGCAGCUCACAGGUGCAGCUUUUCGGCUUGGCUGGCUGUUCUUUGUUACUUGAGUAUUUUGGUGUGUAUUGUAGCAGAUAGUCAAGAACCGAAGCUUACAAUUGAGCACCAUGCCACUGUUGUUGAAACCGACACCGAAACAGCCGAAGAAACGGUCCAGCAGCAGCCUGCGGUGGAGGAACAGCAGUGGGAGGCUACUGAGGUAGAAGAGGCGACUCCGGAUGAUGCCGCAGACGAGCAGCAGGACUCUCCUGCGACCGAAUCAGUGGUGCCCUCCCCUGAAUCACAGCCCAAAGAUGACUUUCAGGAGGAGCUGGUCAUCAGACCAUUACAUUCAGGAGAUAUCUAUGCCAGCUUCCAGUUCCGCACACUUUUGGAGAUGGAUUUCAUGAGUGGAAACAAAGUGUCCCACUACCGGCUAUUUCCAAAGUCUCUGGGCCAGGUCAUCUCUAAGUUCUCAGUGCGAGAGCUGCACAUCUCCUUCACACAAGGCUACUGGAGGACCAUGCAAUGGGGACAGCCUUUCCUACCAUCUCCUCCUGGGGCUGAGCUCUGGGUUUGGUUCCAGGACUCUGUGACAGAUGUGGACGGAACAUGGAAGGAGCUGACAAAUGUUUUGUCUGGGAUCUUCUGUGCUUCACUGAACUUCAUAGACUCCACCAACACUGUCCAGCCCAGUGCCUCCUUCAAACCUCUGGGAAUAGGAAAUGUCACGGACCACCGCUUCCUUCGCUAUGCCACCCUCCCACGAGAGAUUGUUUGCACUGAGAAUUUGACACCCUGGAAGAAACUCUUGCCAUGUGGAUCCAAGGCUGGUCUCGCAGUUCUGUUGAAAUCAGAGAAACUCUUCCACAGCAGUUUCCAUUCACAGGCAGUGCACAUCAGACCUGUGUGCCAGGACUGGCAGUGCAAAACCACAUCCUGGGAGCUGAGACAGACACUUAAUGUGGUCUUUGACCUGCACACCUCUUCACAGGGCAAACGUGAGUGGUCACUGUUUAAGAUGUUCUCGAGGACUCUGACAGAAGCUUGUCCACUAGCCUCCUCCAGUAAAAUCUACAUUGACGUCACAGACAAUCCUGAGGGGGAGCAGUUCGAGGUGACCCCAGCCACUCCCCUGCUGAGCCAAGCAGUGGUGCUCGGAGACAGACGCACAUUUUCUGUCUAUGAUCUGACCCAACAAAUCACCUUUGGCACCGUGCGCUCCCUCAACCUGCUGAUCCGAUGGAAAUCCAGCGAGGGUGACAUGCUGCGUCCCCUGCUCCAUGCAGAGCGUUAUGUGGCCGGUUAUGGGCUGCAGACUGGAGAGAUUCACACACUCAUGUACAACAACCACCCCUACAGGUCUUUCCCUGUGCUGCUGCUGGACUCUGUGCCUUGGUACCUUCGACUCUACAUCCACACCCUCACGGUCACCAGCAAAGGAAAGGACAACAAGCCCAGCUACAUCCACUAUGAGCCGUCUAAGGACCGCGAGAGGCCACACCUGCUGGAGAUGCUGGUCCAGCUACCUCCUAACUCUGUCACUGAGGUCACGGUGCAGUUCGAGAGGGCUCUGCUCAAGUGGACGGAAUACACCCCUGAUCCCAACCAUGGCUUCUAUGUUGGGUCUUCAGUAAUUAGUUCUCUUGUACCAAGCAUUGUUGCCAUGGAUACAAACAGCACUCAGGCCCGCCCACUAUUCAGCAGCUUCUUCCCCUGCAAAGAAGAGUCCAGCUACUUUGUGCGCGUCUACACCGAGCCUCUUCUGGUCAACCUUCCCACUCCAGACUUCAGCAUGCCUUAUAAUGUCAUCUGCCUGACCUGCACUGUGGUUGCUGUGGGCUAUGGCUCCCUCUAUAACCUACUGACCCGCAGUUUCCAGAUAGAAGAGCCGAGCCCGGGACUGGCCAAGCGGAUAGCCAACAUCAUCCGCAAAAUGAGGGGUGUGCCUCCUCUCUGAGGCUGAAGAGGACAGCCUGCCUGCUAUAAUUUUAGAAGGGAAGUUUUCCUUUUGGUGAAACCACUGGUAAACAUGUGACACAUUCAGGGAAGAACUGAGUCUCAAGCACUGGUACGAAUGUUUGUAUAACGGACAGCUUGAAGGUUUUGUUUUUGAAGAGGACUGUUCUUUUACACAUAACUGUAUUCAGGAUAACUACCUGCUGACUAUGGAGGAUGCAUAAAAGUAGAUGUUUGUCUACUGUGAUGGAAAAGUGAGAGCUUUGUUAUUGUUUAACAAGUUGCAGGAACCAAAGCUGUGCAGUGCACCGCUGUGCUAACUGCUUCCAAAUGUUUCCAUUUGAUUGUUUGUGAUUUGUGGGCACUGAGGCCACAACUGCACUACAUUUGAACACAGCCGCAAUGCAUUGUGUGUAAACAAUGGAAAGUAUAUGUUUCUACAAAUAUAACACUGAUGGCCUUACACUUCAUUAUACAGCUUCAGAGUUCAGAUACAAAAUGAAGAAUCAUGAACCUCUUACCAUACUGUGUUCCCUGUGAAACACAUUAACAUUUUUUUAACCUUAUUUAUUGAAGUCAGUUGCUUAAAUUUUCUCAUCACCUGUAUCCACAGGCGGACAAAGUAUCACCGUCUAACUUCAGGACAUCCUGAUAUUUUUUUCUCUUUAUUUGAGAGGUCCUGAAUAUUUUGGUGUUCCAAUAUACAAGACAACAGUGGCCACACAAACACUAUAAAGGAACCUAAAUGAUAAUUUAGAAAACGUUGUUUAUAGUAUGAAUAUGUCUAUUAAUAAUAACAUAACUUAUCAGAAACAUCUUGAUCCGAUCAUUUAUUUUGCACUCAUUGGUUAUUGGUUUGGUUGCAUGCUGGAAUGUUAAAUGUGAUUGUCUGCUGGGCUCCUCCUGGGUAAUUGCCUUUGGUUUCUCAUGGUUCAGCUCAAUGCAGUUUGGGUCUAGAUUAUAGUGAAUUACAGAUGAGAUACUAUCAUGCAAAAGAGGAACUAUCCUCUGUUGAGGGUGCCUGUCCCAAAGUUUGAAGCCGUUCUGUAUGUGUGAGUGUGGGGGUGUCAAAUCUUUAAUGUUCUUUAUUGCUUUUCCAAUAAACUGAUAAACAUGU